AAAUCAUCACCAACUCCCUCUUCCUACAAUUGGCUUGUCUCACAGCAGGGCAGUUUCGAUUGAAAUUCUUGAGACACGCAAAGAGCCGGAAAGAGAGAGUCAGCCGGUUGACUUUUCAACGACGCUCCGGAAGAACGACCCCAGCACCCGUACCAAAUCAUCACCAUCCUCCUCUUCCUACAGUUGGCUUGUCUCCCAGCAGAGCAGUUUCAAUUGAAAUUCUUGAAAAACCAAGAGCCGGAGAGAGAGAAGUCAGCUGGAGCUCUGGUUUGAAGGCAUUAACAGCGGAAACAAUGCCCGAUUGGGAGCUCAAGAGCUGUUGCCAGCAUGACCAGGUCGUGUUCCUGGUCUGCGUGGGAGUCUUCACCGUCGUCAUCUUCGCGCUGUGGCGAACGUUCCUGUUGACACCUUUUAAGCUCAUCACGGUAUUUCUCCAUGAAGCAAGUCAUGCAAUUGCUUGUAAACUCACGUGUGGUCAGGUGGAAGGAAUGCAGGUUCAUGCCAACGAGGGAGGGGUAACAGUAACACGUGGUGGCAUAUACUGCAUAAUUUUACCUGCAGGAUAUCUGGGUUCCUCAUUCUGGGGAAUGGCUUUAAUAGUUGCUUCAACAAAUCUUCUCACUGCGAGAAUCGCUGCUGGUUGUUUUGCUCUAGCUCUAUUUGUUGUCCUGUUUGUUGCCAAAAAUUGGACACUUCGGGCACUUUGUAUUGGAUUUAUCAUUUUUCUGGGUAUAAUUUGGCUUCUGCAAGAAACGACAAAAGUCCGUGGUCUUCGAUACGUCAUUUUGUUUAUUGGUGUGAUGAACAGCUUGUUUUCUGUAUAUGAUAUUUAUGAUGAUCUGAUAUCUCGAAGAAUCCACUCAAGCGAUGCAGAGAAAUUUGCAGAAACUUGCCCAUGCCCUUGCAAUGGCGUUGCAUGGGGCUUCAUAUGGGGAAUGAUCUCAUUAAUCUUCCUUUCUGGAGCUGUGUAUCUUGGACUUGUCAUCUUAUCUUAAGGUUUGUCAAGUUGCAUUCAGUGCUUGUUGAUAUGGGGGAGAGCUCGAAGAUCAAUUCUUUGUGUUUCAUGUGAGACACGAUUUUAUUUUGUUUGCAGAAUGUAUUCUUGCAUUACAUUGAUGACUCGAUUCUUUUGACCCUUUAUUUCUAGGGUGUAUGUAGAUACACUGAACAUCCUAGUGAUGUACCUUUACCCAUUCAGCUAGGAAAUCAAAAGUUGAGAGUAUUGGAAUGUAGCAGAUUAUCGCUAA